AUGUCAUCCGAUGUGCGAUACUGCCAAAGAUGUUCAUACGUCUUUCUGAAAAUCAUCCUCAUCCUUUAUGCAACUCUAUUUUGGCUCAUUGGGGGCUUCAUACUGGCCAUCGGCAUUUAUGCAGAGGUGGAGCGCCAGCGUUACAAAACUCUUGAGGGAGUCUUCCUCGCUCCAGCCAUUAUCCUCAUCCUCCUGGGCGUGGUCAUGUUCAUCGUGUCCUUCACCGGUGUCAUCGCCUCUCUCAGGGAUAACCUGACACUGCUCAAAGUGUUUCUGUACACCUUAGCCGUGUGUCUCAUUUUGGAGCUGCUGGGUGGAAUUCUAGCCCUUGCAUUCAGGAACCAGACAGUGGAGCUCUUAAACAAAAACAUCCGCAAAGGCAUGGUCAACUACUACGAUGACCUGGAUUUCAAAAACAUAAUGGACUUUGUGCAGAGAAAGUUUGGCUGCUGUGGUGGUAUGGAUUUCACAGACUGGAGUGUAAACAUGUAUCAUAACUGUUCGGCUCCAGGACCCCUGGCCUGUGGAGUACCCUACUCCUGUUGUAUCAGCUCUAAGGAAAACAGUGUCAUCAAUACGCUGUGUGGAUACCAGGUGCUAGACAAAGAGCGACUGAAGCUCCAGGAAGUUAUCUACACACGCGGCUGCACUGAUGCUGUUUUCCUCUGGUUUAUGGACAACUACACAGUCAUGGCUGUCCUGUUGUUAAGCAUUUUACUUCCUCAGUUUUUUGGGGUGUUUGUAACCUGGCUGUAUAUCACUCGAGUGGAAGACGCCAUUCUGGAAUGCCGCCAAUACCGGUCCAAACUGCUUGACAGCGGAACCACGGCCAGGAGAAGACAGACCAAGGUUGCCAAGUGGUACAAAUGCAUGCCGGAUUUUGACUGA